AUGGCGGGCAUCCCCCUUGGACAGGUGGCGUCGCCUCCGCCAACGGUGCUGGACCUGCAGGGGGGCCACGCUCCUCGGACUUUGGUACAGGUGCCUGUCACGACCCCGCAGGUGCCUGUCACGACCCCGCAAGUGCCUGUCACGGCAUUGCCGGUGCAUGUCACGACCCCGCCCGACAGGUUCGCGCAGCCGCCGCGCCUGGGGGGCUUCCCUGGUGGUGGCGUGCAUGUCACGACCCCGCCCGAAGGGUUCGCGCAGCCGUUGCGCCUGGGGGGCUUCCCUGGUGGUGGCGCUGGCCCGACGGACGGGAGUCACCAGCAGGCGCUGCUUCCGCAGGGGCGGCUGCAGCAGCAGCAGCAGCGGCAGCAGCAGCAGCCCGGGAAGCCCGUGGCGGCGCAGAUAGCCGAGCAGGCCAUCAUGGAUCCCGCGACCCGAGAGGCUGUGCGGCAGCAGGCCGUCCAAUUGGGCGGCCAUGCGCUGGCUGCGGGGAAGUACUACGGCCACCAGGGCCUCAUGGUGUUCCAGAGCUACAUCCAGCAGGGGCCCAGGGGCAUUUCCAUUCUCUGCUUCGUGGGGGGUGCUGCGACCAGCGUGGUUGGCCUCAUGAACGUCUGCAAUCUCUUUGGCAGCCUCGUGGACCCUUUCCACUACAUUCUCUCAGCGUACAUGUUCAUUUUCGGGAUUGUCACUGCGGUAAUCGAGGCUGACCCUGACAGUAUAGGCACGCUCGUCCCGCCGAUCGACAGCUUGGCAGGGCCCGUCACACAAGCCCAGGCUUGGCUGCACGAUCAAUGUAAGCUUCUCACGCAGCUAAGGGGCCGCGGCUUCUUUUACAUGUACCAAGGAACAUUGAUGGUGACUCAGUGCGUCUUGUGUUUGAUAUCGGUUCGGCGGGUUCCUCGCUGGCUUGUUCAACGCGCUCAUGGGCGUCAUUUGUGUUUUGAUGUCGUUUGGCAUCAAGCCUGA